AAAUUUAAAAUGAAAAAUUUGUUAGACACCGAUCGGUUCUCCGCACUUACACUAUACAAGAACAAAUAAAAUUUACAUUAAUGAAAACCAUAUCUUCCAACAGAUACUUGAAUCAGCAGCAUAUAAAAAAACAAAAGCUAUCAGAAGUAGAAGUGGUUUAUGGUUGUAUCACACACGACGUUCAUGAACAGCUCGAAAUCGGUGAAUUGGGACUUGAUAUUUGGCGACAGCAUAUGGUUGAAAUAAUAAGUGAGACCCUUGUUAAACAAUUAUUAGAAGGUAUACAAAAGGAUCGGCUGCAGGAAAGCCAACCAACUGAUAUAGCUAGAACUAUCAAAGGAGCUAUACAAAGCUUUGUGUGUGUAGAGGAAUACAAAAAAAAAGAUGCCCUUCAGUUAUAUCAAGCUAUAUUUGAAGUGCCAUUGCUCAAAGAUAGUGGAGAAUUUUAUAAACAUGAGGCUAACAGACUUCUUCAGCAAUGCACAGUUAGCAGCUACAUGGAAGAAGUGAUAAAAAAACUUGAGGAGGAGAAUCGGCGUGCUCUUAAAUACCUUCAUUCAAGUUCUGUAGUCAAAAUACGCAAAGAAUGUGAGCAGCGCAUGAUAACAGAUCAUUUAGAUUUUUUAUAUUCUGAAUGUGAUCGCAUGGUAUCCUCUGAAAAAAGAAGUGAUCUGAAAAAUAUGUAUACAAUUUUAAAGCCAAUACCGGAUGGACUCAAAUUGUUUGUUCAAACAUUUUUAGAGCACAUCAGAAGCGAAGGGAUGCAGAUGAUUUCUGCAUUGAAAGGAGAUCUGAUUCAUAUCCAGUUUGUCGAAGGCAUGUUGAAAGUUCACGGAAAAUAUGACGAAUUGAUCACAGAUACAUUUAAGUCGGAUCCAAUUUUUUUUAGCGCCUUAGACAAGGCAUGCGCUUCUGUUAUAAAUUCAAGAUUUUAUGAAAAACAGCCUUGCCGAAGUGCAGAAUUAGUUGCUCGGUAUUGUGACAGCUUACUGAAGAAGUCGAAAACUACUGAAUCUGAGAUAGAUUCAAAAAUUACAAAAAGUAUAACAAUCUUCAAAUAUAUCGAAGAUAAAGACGUGUAUCAAAAAUUUUAUAGCAGAAUGUUGGCAAAAAGAUUAAUACAUGAUCAGUCGCAGAGUAUGGAUGCUGAAGAAAUGAUGAUCAACAAACUAAAGCAAGCAUGUGGAUAUGAGUUCACAAACAAAUUGCAUAGAAUGUUUACAGAUAUUUCUGUCUCAAGUGACUUGAAUCAAAAGUUCAACCAUUUUCUUAAGCAGCAGAAUAAGGAAAUCGGUGAGUAUAGUUUAUCUCGAUUUAUAUCCCAAAUAAAAAACAUCCACAUUCACGACCCCCGGGUAUAUUGUAGUCUAUUGCAAGUUUCUGCUCGAACCUAGGAGUCCGAAGGCUUGAAUGGGGAGAGCACCCAAACCUCUUUCUACUCCAAGGAACCUUCCACCCCAGGGUUCGAACUGACGACCUUUGGAUUGCGAGUCCAACCGCCGCCAGCGAUGCCACCGGAGCAGGCUUGGUUUGGUGUGUUGUUUGUCUUUAUAGCAGGGAGACGACUCCCACACCUGGAAUGACUUAACGGCCUAACAACAACCAAGGCCGGGACCGACGUUUUACUUCCCCAUCCGAUGGAAGGUUGGAGCAGAUGGGAAUCGAACCCAUGAUCAUCCGCUUACAAAGCGGACAGCUUAACCAUUCGGCCAAGCCUGCUGGUUUAUAUCUCAUAUCUCGUUUUAUGAACUUUUCAUAAAUAAGAUGCCGUUCUACGCAUAGUUUUGUGUGUCCAUAGCAACUGUAAAAUUUAAAGGUCGUAGAGAAUAAGGCAAAUAGAGAAUUUGCAGCAAAGCUAAAAGACACAUGUCGCCACCUAUGAACAAAUAGCGUAAACCUAUGAUUUUUUGAAAAAAUGUGUUUUUUCCUUCAGAUACAACAUUUUUACAAAACUUAUGCUGGAUUCGGAUGAGAAAAAUUAUUUCCAACAGUUUGGUGUAUA